GUAGCACGUAGUCCGCGCGGGACCGUUAAAUUUGAAACUUGGCGGCUGGGCGUGAGAGCUUGGGGUGGCUGGUUCGUGAGGGGAUUAGGUGCGUGCUUUUUCGGGGAGCACCCUCCGGUCGCUUCAGUGCCUCGAAGGGCAGGUUGCAGAAGGAGGCCCAGGCGGUCUGAGGCUCUGAAGAAAGGCCCGCGGGAGGACGAAGCCCUAAGCCGGGAAUGCAGGAUGGCGGCGAUGCAGAAGCAAAGGGGUGCUCCGAGUGAAGUCAUGUCCUUGGAGGGAGAUGAAUGGGAGCUGAGUAAAGAAAAUGUCCAACCUUUAAGGCAGGGGCGGAUCAUGUCCACACUUCAGGGAGCACUGGCUCAGCAAGAAUCUGCCUGUAACACUACUCUUCAGCAACAAAAACGGGCAUUUGAAUCUGAAAUUCGAUUUUAUGCUGGAAAUGACCCUCUGGAUGUUUGGGAUAGAUAUAUUAACUGGACAGAGCAAAACUAUCCUCAGGGCGGGAAGGAAAGCAAUAUGUCAACGUUAUUAGAAAGAGCUGUAGAAGCGCUACAAGGAGAAAAACGAUAUUAUAACGAUCCCCGAUUUCUUAGUCUCUGGCUUAAGCUGGGGCAUUUAUGCAAUGAACCUUUGGAUAUGUACAGUUAUUUACAUAACCAAGGAAUUGGCAUUUCACUUGCUCAGUUUUAUAUCUCAUGGGCUGAAGAAUAUGAAGCUAGAGAAAACUUUAAGAAAGCAGAUCUGAUAUUUCAGGAAGGUAUUGAACAGAAGGCUGAACCGCUAGAAAGACUGCAGUCCCAGCACAGACAAUUCCAAGCUCGAGUGUCUCGGCAAACUCUGUUGGCACUUGAGAAAGAAGAGGAGGAGGAAGUUGUGGGAUCUUCUGUACCACAACGAAGCACACUGGCUGAACUAAAAAGCAAAGGGAAAAAGACAGCAAGAGCUCCAAUCAGCCGUGUAGGGGGUGCUCUCAAGGCUCCAAGCCAGAACAGAGGUCUCCAAAAUCCAGUUCCUCAACAGAUGCAAAGUAAUACUAGAAUUAUUGUUUUUGAUGAAAAUGCUGAUGAGGCUUCUAGAGCAGAGUCAUCUAAACCUACAAUCCAGCCAUGGAUAGCACCUCCUGUGUCCAGGGGCAAAGAGAAUGAGCUGCAAGCCGGCCCUUGGAACGCAGGCAGGCCUUUGGAAUACAGGCCUCGUGGCAAUACAGCGUCUAUGACAGCUGUACCCUCUAUGCUUCCAAGUUUUACUCCAUAUGUGGAAGAGACUGCACAACAGCCAGUUAUGACACCAUGUAAAAUUGAACCCAGUAUAAACCACAUUCUAAGCACAAGAAAGCCUGGAAAGGAAGAAGGAGAUCUCCUGCAGAGAGUUCAAAGUCUUCAGCAAGAGUCUGAGAAGAAGGAGAAGAUGAUGUAUUGUAAGGAGAAGAUUUAUGCAGGAGUGGGGGAGUUCUCCUUUGAAGAGAUCCGGGCUGAGGUUUUCCGGAAGAAAUUAAAAGAGCGAAGAGAAGCUGAGCUGCUGACCAGUGCAGAGAAGAGAGCAGAAAUGCAGAAACAGAUUGAAGAGAUGGAGAAGAAGCUAAAAGAAAUCCAAACUACUCAGCAAGAAAGAUCGAAUGAGCAGCAAGAAGAGACGAUCUCUACAAAGGAGACAGCUGAACUGCGAAUUGCUUCAGAGUCUCAGGAAAUAACAGGAAUGGCUCUGUCCAAUUUUGUUUGCCCGGUAAACUCUUGUGCCAGGGAAACAUCACUUGCAGAAAACGUUUGGCAAGAACAACCUCAUUCUAAAAGUUCCAGUGUACCUUUCUCCAUUUUUGAUGAAUCUCUUCUUUCAGAAAAAAAGCCUGUCAGUCCUGCUGCAGCUCCCUCACGGGUUCUAGCCCAACGAAGACCUCUUGCAAUUCUCAAAACUUCAGAAAGCAUCACCUCAAAUGAGGAUGUAUCUCCAGAUGUUUGUGAUGAAUUUACAGGAAUUGAGCCCUUGAGUGAGGAUGCUAUUAUCACAGGUUUCAGGAAUGUAACUAUUUGUCCUAACCCAGAAGACACUUGUGACUUCGCUAGAGCAGCUCAUUUUGCAUCCACUCCUUUUCAUGAAAUAAUAUCCUUGAAGGAUCUCCCUUCUGAUCCUGAGAGACUGUUGCAGGAAGAGGAUCUAGAUAUGAAGACCUCUGAGGACCAGCAAACUGCUUGUGGCACUAUCUACAAUCCACCUCUCAGCAUCAAGAAGCUGAGCCCAAUUAUUGAAGACAGCCGUGAAGCCACACACUCCUCUGGGUUCUCUGGAUCUUCUGCCUCAGUUACAAGCACCUCCUCCAUCAAAAGUCUUCAAAUUCCUGAGAAACUGGAGCUCACUAGUGAUGCUGCAGACAGCCCUACUCAGUCACCCUGGUGUUCACAGUAUCGCAGACAACUGGUAAAAUCGCUACCAGAGCUGAGUGUCUCUACAGAGUUUUUUGUAGAAGAUAGACCAAUGCCUAAUUUGGAAAUAGAGAAGGAAAUUGAAUUAGAUAAUGAGGAAUAUUGCAUUAGACAAGAAUACCUGGUAUGUGAAGAUUACAAGUUAUUCUGGGUGACACCAAGAAACACUGCCGAGUUAAGCAUAAUAAAGGUAUCUUUUCAACCUGUCCCGUGGGACUUUUAUAUCAACUUCAAGUUAAAGGAACGUUUAAAUGAGGAGUGUGAUAAUUUGUGUAGCUGUUAUCAAUACCAAGAUGGCUGUAUCGUUUGGCAUCAAUAUAUAAACUGCUUCACCCUUCAGGAUCUUCUUCAACACAGUGAAUUUAUUACUCAUGAAAUGACAGUAUUGAUUAUUUAUAACCUUUUGACAAUGGUGGAGAAACUACACAAAGCAGAAAUAGUCCAUGGUGACUUGAGUCCAAGGAGCCUGAUUCUUAGAAACAGAAUCCACGAUCCCUAUGAUUUUAAUAAGAACAAUCAAGCUUUGAAGAUAGUGGACUUUUCCUACAGCGUUGACCUUAGGGCACAGCUAGACGUUUUUAACCUCAGUGGCUUUCGGACUGUACAGACCCUGGAAGGACAAAAGAUCCUGGCUAACUGUUCUUCUGCCUACCAGGUAGAUCUGUUUGGUAUAGCAGAUUUAGCGCAUUUAUUAUUGUUCAAGGAGCACCUACAGGUCUUCUGGGAUGGGUCCCUCUGGAAACUUAGCCAAAAUAUUUCUGAGCUAAAAGAUGGUGAAUUGUGGAAUAAAUUCUUUUUGCGGAUUCUGAAUGCCAGUGAUGAGUCCACAGUGUCUGUUCUGGGGGAACUUGCAGCAGAAAUGAAUGGGGUGUUUGACACCACAUUCCAAAGUCACCUGAACAAAGCGUUUUGGAAAGUGGGGAAGUUAAUCAGUCCUGGGGCUUUCCUGUUGCAGCAAGAUAGGCAGUCAAGCCUCUCACAGAUUCCUGCCUAAAAUCAACGGUUGUACUGUGGAACACUGGAUCUGUGUAUGCUGUGGUUUAAUUUAGGUACACUACUAAUACUUUUCUACUUUUUGAUAGAAGUAUAUUUCUAGGUAACUGGCAUUUUCUUCUCAACAAUGUACCUACUCUUGGCCUUGACUAAGCUUAACAAAGAACAGUUUUAUUCUAAAUAGAUUCAAUAUUAAUGGGUACCUUGCUGUCAUUUAACACAUUUGCCUCAACUCUUCCUUGUACUCUUCCCAUUUGUAAUUUGUAACAUGUAUCCUUAUGAUCACUAUGUAUUUUGUAAAUAAUAAAACAGUAUUUGUUAAA